AUGGCACAGAGCACAGAGCACAGUCUGCUACGCGUGUGGGGAAGUAAAGACUCCAAUAGUAGUAUUCUUUGCCUGGAAAAGAGUCAAAGUAGCCUAACCCCAUCACUUUGUCUUACCUGUGUGUCUCUCUGUGUGUAUCUGUAGCCUAUUUGUGCCUAUAUAGUCAGUCUUCUCCCACUCUGGUUUAGCUUUUAUAUAGUCAGUCUUCUUCCACUUUGUUUUUUCUCAAAAGCUAAGCCCAUUUUGAGUUGUGGACACUUCGAACUCGUAAACAAGGAUGGAAGAUUAUUAUUACAAGAGGAGUUAUGUGCCGGCAUUUGGUAGCUGGGAUUGGAACAAUGAUCUUCCUUUCACUCAGUGUUUCGAGUCAGCUAGGCAGCCUCAGGCUCAGGCUCAGGCUCAGUUCGGUUACUCUGAAGACCGUGAUCUCUACGUCGCCGGUGAUUUGUACCAGAACGACGUCGUUGAAUCUGCCGUCAUUGUUGUUCCUCGCCGAAGCGCAAAAGUACGUCAUGUGAAAGAAGAAAAGGCAAGUAACUGGGUUGUGAAAGAGGGGGAGGCACCACCAAGCCCCACUGCCAUUAUCAUGAACAGGCCAACACCUAAACCUGUUGAUGAAGAUUUGUACACUACAUCACCAGACAUGAAGUCCAGAGAGAAGAGAGGAUUGGGUUUCCUUUCAAGCUGCUUGAUGCCAACUUGUGCUACUUGAAGCUUUUGGGAAUCUUUUAAUAAAAAACCUAUUAUGUCGUUCACCUCUCUCUCUCUCUCUCUCUCUCUCUCUCUCUCUAUAUAUAUAUAUAUAUAUAUAGAAAUGAUGGAAUAUUGUUAAUUUGCCCUAAAAAAAUCCAUUAUGUUAAUUAAUUUGGUGAUUAAUUAUGGCUUGAGAGGUCUUUGUUUAGGCUGUUAUGGUUCCCACAGAGAUGCAUGGGAACAAAAGAUGCUUGUGAAAGGAGAAGAUAAAGAAGGGUUGGUCCA